ACGGCGCGGUCACGUGACCCGCGCCCGGCUGGAGGUGAGCGGCGCGUUCCUGCUCCGGGAGGCAGCGGGGCCGGGAGGUGGCCAGCCCCCCGCCCGGGCGCGACCAUGCUGUCCCGCCUGCUGAAGGAGCACCAGGCCAAGCAGAAUGAGCGCAAGGAGCUGCAGGAGAAGAGGCGUCGAGAGGCCAUCACUGCAGCGACCUGCCUGACAGAAGCCUUGGUGGAUCAUCUCAAUGUGGGCGUCGCUCAGGCCUACAUGAACCAGAGGAAGCUGGACCAUGAGGUGAAGACCCUGCAGGUCCAGGCCGCCCAGUUUGCCAAGCAGACAGGCCAGUGGAUCGGGAUGGUGGAGAACUUCAAUCAGGCACUCAAGGAAAUCGGGGAUGUGGAGAACUGGGCUCGGAGCAUCGAGCUGGACAUGCGCACCAUUGCCACAGCACUGGAGUACGUGUACAAAGGCCAGCUGCAGUCCGCCCCCUCCUAGCCACUCUGUCCUGCCCUGCCCUGCCUGUCGCCCCCACCCCCAGGGCCAGGGAGAGGCCCAGCAGC